UUUUUCGCACGAUAAAAAUAUUUCUCAAGUGUGUUUUCAUCUUCAAUUUAUUAUUUUUCACAAAUAAAAUAAAUAAUUAAAAAAAUAAUAAAAACAAAUUAUUACUUCCUAUAAUACACUUAAUAAUUCUGAUUCACAAGUAAAAAUACAUUUCACCAUACUUUGUGAAAAAACCGCCUAGUUAACACAAAAGCCAAAAAUCAUGUCGUCUUCCUCCGAAGAAGACUCCGAUGGAUCUGAUUCCACUGCUUCCGAACAAUUCGAAACAGUGCCAGAUGAAGAAUCUGUCCCCGAUGAACCGCCACCAAAAAAAGUCAAAACCGAGUGGUCUAAGAGCUAUUCGAGUACUGCCUUCAAAAUGAUGGCAAACAUGGGUUACAAAAGCAAUCAAGGUCUCGGUAAGUUGGGGCAGGGUCGAUUAGAGCCUGUCGAAGCGGCAAGACAAGACGGUCGCCGUGGUCUAGGUUUGAAAUUAGAAAAGAUAUCAAGUGCAGCCGAACAGUGGCAAGAGAGUUUAGAAGAAAUUCGAAUCCCCGAGAGAAUGGAUUGGAUUCAAAAUAACUCAGAUGAUUUGGACUCUUUGACAAUGGCUGACCUUGAAGAUUGGGUGCGUAUUGCACCGAAGAAAAAAAUCAUAGACGACGAGACGAAUUUCUGCGAUCCACAAAUCCUCCGCAACGUUCUAAGUUCGAAGAGUGCCUUUGACGAACUCGAUGGAAACGAUAUGAGAAGAGCUAGAACACGUUCUAAUCCAUUUGAAACUAUUCGGGGCUCAAUUUUCCAAAACCGUGCCGCGGUAAAGAUGGCCAACAUAGACUCACUGUGUGACUUUAUGUUUACAGAUCCAAAAGAUAAGAACGGAGUGUCUUUGGUUAAGGAGAAUGAUUUGUUGUACUUUGCCGAUAUAUGCGCUGGACCCGGAGGAUUUACUGAGUAUGUUCUUUAUAAGAAAAGCUGGCAAGCUAAGGGUUUCGGCUUUACUUUGCGUGGUCAGAAUGAUUUUAAGUUGGACAACUUUUUUGCAGCAUCCCCGGAAACUUUUGAUGCUUUCUACGGCACAGCCAACGAUGGAGACAUCUUUAAUCCAGAAAAUCAAACGUCUUUCGCCGAGUACGUUCUUAAAGACACCGAACAGGCUGGUGUUCACUUUGUCAUGGCUGAUGGAGGAUUCUCCGUUGAUGGCGAAGAGAAUAUCCAAGAGAUUCUAUCCAAAAAGUUGUACAUGUGUCAAUGUUUGGUAGCUUUAAGCAUUCUCCGUGACAAGGGUCACUUUGUAUGUAAGCUCUUUGAUCUUUUCACACCUUUCAGCGUUGGCCUUGUGUACCUUAUGUACAAGUGCUUUGAAGAAAUUAGCAUUUGCAAACCAAAUACCAGUCGUCCAGCUAAUUCAGAACGUUACCUUAUCUGCAAGUGGAAGAAGUCAAACACAGAAACGGUACGACGCCAUCUCUCGGCCAUAAAUCAAGAGAUGUGGGACAAUCCGAAUUCAGAUACAGAUGUGAGAGAGUUGGUAGCACUGGAUGUACUUUUUCGUGACAAGGAAUUCGUUGAAUAUGUCACUGAGAGUAAUAACCGCCUUGGACACAAUCAGAUUGUAGGACUCAUUAAAAUCGCCGCAUUCUGCAAUAAUCCUGACCUAAAAGAACCACGGCAAGCGGAAUAUCGUAGCAAGUGCUUGGAACUUUGGGGUUUGCCGGAUAAGAUGCGACAAGCUCCAGAAAUGAAGAGUCCUGAUGCCCUGUUGGCUGAACUGCUUCGCGACUGGAAUGGAGAUAAGAGUUUUAUGUCCAUCCCUGCUACAAGGUUGGAUAGCAAAGAAAAACUAUGCCAAAAUAUCACCCGCAUUCCGGAUUGGUAUUUUGUGCCUUUGUCACGAAGCGAGGAUAAUGCCCGUGAUACUGCUACUUUCUUUUUAAGUCGUGGACGUGGAAUUAUACAUAAAUGGUCUCCGACGGGUCGCUGGGAACAGUGUGACUGUGUCCUGGAGAUGUCACCAAAAACGUUGAUCUAUGGUGAGAUAGUUCAGGAGCAAAUCGGUGAAGGAAGUAAAGGAAUAAUGGUACGAGCAUUGCAUAUCAUCGAUGGUAUUUGCUUGGGUGGUAUAAAUAUUGCUCGAAUGCCAUUAAAAGAGCGCCUGAAGUUGUGUGACAAAUUUGCGCGCAGUCUCAAUAAACCCAAUAAAAAAGCAACAAGUGCCGAUGGUAAUCACGUCCAAAUGACACCCAUUCGCUGUAAAAAACUUAUUCCACUGCAAGAGUUAAAUAAUUUCUUCCAACAAAUGCGUCCAUAUAAGAUGAAAAAUAAUAGCAAUGAACGGUUGGGUAUUCGAAUUCGAUCGGGGGAUGACACUUCUGAAAGAUUUUACGUUGUCGGUGGUAUGAUGUUUCUCAACGAGUUGAUGCACCAGUUUGUGUCUGCGAUAUCAAGUAAACACAACACCGUGUACUAUUUUAAUGUCGAAACAGGUCAAUCAUUCUUCCUUAAUCGUUUGCCAAGAGACACAAAAGUUUUCAGUUCGUUCAAGAAUUGUUUCAUACGUCGUCAGUUGUGGAAAUGGACAAAUGUGUAUCAAGUGCUCGAGGUUAUGCCAAAGGAUAUGCGUGAGCAAGGUACCCUCUUCCGUAUGGAUUUUUCUGAAUUUCUGGAGGAACGUUUGAAAAACUAAAAACCUUUAUAGUUGUUCUUUUAAGAACAGAAUUUUAGUUUAUACAUAGGUAGUUUUUUUUUCUAUCAAUCAAAUUAUGUUGAUAGAACAUAAAA